CACGUUUAAUCAUAUUUUCCUUAAGUUUCUGAUUAAAAGCUUUGGCUAUAUGAUGUUGACUAAAAGAAUGUAUGUUGUUGUAGAUAGUUUAAAAGUUUUUCUAAUGAAAUUUGAGAACAAACCAUAUGUGUUUUUGGAAUUUUUUGAAUGUCUUUAAUACCAUACUGAGCUUUAUAGUCCAUAAAAAUAAAAAAUUACAUAAAAAAAGAUGACUUAACAAUUUAAAGGCAAACAAAAUUUACGGGUUUGAAUCAACCACGUUUGAUCGUCUCACGGACUCUCGUUGAAUACCAGCACUAGAUUUUGUUUAAAUUACUUCUUACACUAACAUUUGUUUAAUCACUGUCGGCGUCUGAAGUUUUCUAUUGUUUUCUUCUGAACGUAUUCCAAGUUCGUACGAUUGCUUGGUUGUUCUGUGGCUGAGUUUGUAACUAAGUUAAAUGUUGACUCGCUAGAAAAAGUGCUGAGUACUUACUACUUUAGUAGUUCUAUUACCAACCCUAACAGGACUUGACACAUUUUGAGAAUAGGUACUAUUACUACUUAUGUACUUUUGCAGUCACUAACUAAAAAGUAUUCCAAGAAUAAAGUUUUUAAGUUGAUUGGUUUUUGAGGAAGAUGCUCUACAAAAAUAUUCACAGAUAGGUCAUUUUCUCUUUUGUUUAGAAAGUGGCUCUCGUGUAUAAAACAAUAGAAAACGUGAGUCGACUCUCUAAUAUUCGGUUAGUCCCGCUAUGGUAUGGUCCCGGUAUGGCACCCUCUUAAAAUACCUAUCAAAAAGUCCCGCUAUGGUACCCUUCAGUUUUUGGUACUGUUGUAAAGAAAAGUUAUACAAUGCGUUAAGAAAAAAAUAGUAUUAAUAAAAAAUAUAUUUUCUUAACUAUUAUAGUUAAGCAAGAUAAUAUUUAUUAAUACUAUUUUUUAAACAAAUCACGCUCGGUAAUUGUCGUUUCACUUCAGGUAGUUACCUGACCAACCGGUUUUUUCGUAAAACAAUAGAGACGAGCCCUUCCUCGAAUUCGUAUCUAGCUCUUCCCUUUUGUUUUUAUGAAAAUAGAGAGAGACAGUAUUAUUCCGGGUUUAGUUUUGUUGAAAUUGAUCAAUUGACAGCAUACUCAACCUCAUUAUAUUGAACCUCAUUUUUGUAGUUUAGUUUUAAGUUUGUAAAUUUGAAAUUGUUCUUAAGUUGUCAUGUUGUUUUUUCUUCGUAUGUCAGUAAAAAUAAAAUAAAAGUAGAAGCGACUAUAAAAGGCUUUAAAAUUGUUAUUUCUGUUUAGUAUUGCGCAACAAUCCGGCGAUUGUCUUGCGGAAGUAUUGUUUGUAAGAAUAUGUGCAAUUUGUAAGAUUCAAGAGGUGUUUUAGAAGCAAUGUUCAAUAAAUGAAAAUUUCCUGUCAACUCGGACUCAAUUAUUUCUUCAAGAACCCAACCCACUGUAAAAAUAACAACAAGUUUGCUAUUUGCAGCUGUACUUUUGCGAUAUGAGUAAUUAGGAUAGCUUGUUAGUUUAUCUAUUGCAAUGUCUGGGUCAAGUAGUUCACGUGGUGUAAAUUUAAUAAUUAUUGACAGUCGACGCGGUGGAAAAACUUUAUUACGUGCCGGACAUAAAUAUAUUAAACGCAGAGAAAAUAAAAAUUCAAGUACUUGGCAUUGUGUAAAUAGGAGAAAUAGUAUUAAAUGUAGUGGAUAUAUAACUAUUGAGAAUACCAAUAAUACAAUAAUUAAAGAUUAUAAACACAGUGAUCCGUGCGUGCCACAUUUUGAAGACAAUGAAGUUCAAAUGGCUAUAAGUGAGUGCAAAAAAGAAGUAAAUUCAAAUUACGGAUCAGUACAGAAAAUUUUCGAAAAACACAUGGGUAACUUAAAAGACAAAGGGUUACACCUUACAGGAAAUGUUCCUGACUAUAAAAAAUUAAAAACAGUAUUAUACAGACACCGAAAUAAGUCGUUGAACGUACCAAAAACACAAUUUAAGAAUGUGGAAGAAAUUAUAAUACCAGAAGAAUUUAAUAAGUAUGUAUUGGCUGAUUAUUGUAAUGAAGACUGUAAUCGAAUAAUUAUAUUUUCCUCGACAGAAGUAAAGGAACAUAUAAAAUGUGUAACGCAUUACUUUGGUGAUGGCACUUUCGACGGCUGCCCAAACCCAUUCGAACAAGUUUAUGUCAUUCAUGGAGACAUGGGAAGCACUGACUUAUCCACGAAUGUAGCACCAUUAUUUUAUAUUCUGUUAAAAAACAAAGAAGGGAAAACUUAUGAAAAAAUUUUCGAAUUGAUUAAACAAACUUUGCCUGAAUGGCGUCCAUCGAAAUUUACCUUCGAUUAUGAAAUAGGAGUAAUAAAUGCAGCAGCGAAGAUUUUUCCUGAUAUCAAAAUAAAUGGAUGUAACGUACAUUUUCAAAAGAACGUUAUCAAAAAAGCGAAAUCUUUAAAUCUAAUGGAACACGAAGAGUCCUCGAACCAUGUUAAGCAAUGCAUAGGCUUGGCGUUUUUGCCAAAACAAGAUAUUGAAGACGGCUGGCUGCAUAUAAUGGAAAAUAGUUUCGACGAUGAAGCUAUGACCAAAUUCAAUGACUAUUUUGUCACUCAGUGGCUUGAAUAUCCAGACCUCAUUUGGUGUUGCCAUAAUGAACGCCAUAGAACAACUAACUUGGCGGAAUCAUGGAAUGGCAGAUUCAACAAAAUUAUUGGAAAAAAUCCCAGUUUAUUAUUGUUUCUGCAAACAAUUGGCAACGACACAUGUCACUUUGAUAUAAAACAAGCCAACUUUCGACUAAAAAGAUCACCUAUAAAUUCAAGAAAAAGAACAAGUAUAGAAAUCGACCGCCAGAUUCAAAAGCUAACAAAAAGUUACGAAAAUAAAGCUAUCUCCAUUGGUGAUUUUCUGAUUGACAUAUCAAAGUCAAUAUUUCGAUCAGAACAUUUAAAAAAAUAGUUUAUUUUAAUUUUGUUUUUAGCCUAUUAAAAUGUUAUAUUUACAGUAAUACUUUUCUGAGAUGUGGAUUUUUUAUAUUUUUUUUAUUGUUGAUUAUUGGUAAUUAAUAUUAUUGAU